UUUAGGAACUGAUAGGUGGUCGAGUUGUGCUUGGCCAAAUGGAUAUGCGAGAGCAAAGUCGAGGAGCUUUAUUUCUCCCUUCUUGCGGGAUUAUUGCCAGCAAUGGACAGAGAGAGAGAAAGGAGGAGCAGCGGCUGACAUUCUUGAUUAUUACAGCUAUAAGCGCGCAGUGCAUUGCAGCGGGACACUGACCUUUCCAAUUAUCGCAUUAGGACAUUUUUCUAAGAAACAUCUGACAGAUAGACCGUGUUAGCUUUAGUGUUUGAGUGAAACCCACGUUGUGGAGGACCCAAUAAAAAGGGGUGACCAUGACGACUGAGAGCGCCCAGCAACAUCUGGACCCACCUAAUCCACUGCGCUCCAGUCCAGCGCCUGGUGCCGUAAAUGCAGCUCUGCUGAGCGCACAGCCGGUGAUGGAGAGCGCACACAGCGCAUCAGCAAAAGGGAAGAAAGGCAACUCUGGCUUGAGGCGACCUGAAAAGCCCCCUUAUUCAUAUAUUGCCCUUAUUGUGAUGGCAAUUCAAAGCUCACCGACCAAGAGGCUUACUCUGAGUGAAAUCUAUCAGUUUUUGCAGGCCCGCUUCCCUUUCUUUAGGGGAUCAUACCAGGGCUGGAAAAACUCCGUGAGACAUAACCUGUCUUUGAACGAGUGCUUCAUAAAGCUGCCCAAGGGUCUCGGCAGACCUGGCAAGGGGCACUACUGGACCAUCGACCCGGGUAGUGAGUUUAUGUUCGAGGAAGGCUCUUUUCGUCGCAGACCACGCGGGUUUCGCAGGAAAUGUCAAGCUUUGAAACCAAUGUACAGGAUGAUGAAUGGUAUUGGCUUUGGCGCAUCUAUGUUGCCGCAAAACUUUGAAUUCCAAUCACCGUCUGCUUCCCUAUGUCAUAACAGUUACAACAUAGACCUGAUGGGUAACCCUGUGCCAGGCAGCUUCGAGGGACUAGGAGGGGGGCAUCAUGUCCCACACAUGUCACCAAGCUCCGGCUCAUCCUACAUGGCUGCAUGUCAGGUGCCUUCCAAUGCGGACUACUGCCAGGAUAGCAGCAGCAGCCCGUUGCAGUCAUCCCCAGCGAUGGUCAGUACUUUGGACUGUCAGUCACCUUACGCCAAUGCCGCCCCACACUGGACUUCACCUGGUGUAUCUUCAUACAUCAAGCAGCAGUCUCUGGCGUCAAACAACCCCACUUCUUCUGCUUUGCACUCGGGAAUGUCAUCCUACUCUCUGGAGCAAACAUACCUUCACCAUAACGGGCGAGAAACUUCUGACAUUCCAGUGGGACUAUCUCGGUAUUCAAGCCACUCGGCACCAGCUGUGUGUGACAGGAAGGAUUUUGUUUUGAACCUAAACGGAAUCUCAUCCCUUCACCCUAGCAGCAGUGGAUCUUAUUACCAUCAGCUUCAUCACCAUCACCAAAGCGUGUAUCAGGAUGUAAAGCCAUGCGUAAUGUGACAAAAGAAGGGCCAACUGCGCUGAGGCUGAAGGUAGAACUGUCACAUCCUGACUAGUUACCUGCUGAUUCAGCCGACGUUCCUGCAGACUUUUGGUGAUAAGCAGCUUAAACCUGGUGAAGAUGUCACAGUCAGAGCAGAGGGGACAUGAAGACAUUUGCAGUAUUGACUGACAGCAGAUCUUGGAACUUUGUGACUGUUAAAUAAUGGCUAUAUCAUGAUGUGAAAAUUUGAUGAGAUUUUUUAAAAUGCUUUAUGGGCACUACACUCUGGUUACACAUGACUACAUCCACAGCAAUAUCCACAUUUUAACUGAAACACACAUUUAGACGUGCAUUUACCCGAAUCUAUCCUUAUUCAUGCACUUAAUUAUAGGCCUACGCUCUUCCGAGUUGCUAAAAUUGUUGCUGAUUUCUUGCAGAAAGCUAAUAAAGAGAUUUAUUUUUCAAUUUUAGCCUGUCAGUCAAUUGUGAAACAUACUGGGACAUCCUUUAUGCAGAAAAGCUUUAUGAACAAAUAUUUCUUUUAAAGCAAUAGCAUUCACUCGGAGCCAUGAUCCCAUUCCUGGAUAAAAAUAUCUGAAUGAGUUAAA